UAUGUGAUCAUCCUCAUGGCGGUGUACUGGUGCACCGAGGUGCUGCCGCUGGCGGUGACGGCGCUGCUGCCCACCAUCCUGUUCCCCGUUCUCGGCAUCAUGGAGUCCAAAGACGUGUGUAUGCAGUACCUGAAGGACACUAACAUGCUGUUUGUGGGGGGGCUGAUGGUGGCCGUGGCCGUGGAGCACUGGAACCUCCACAAACGCAUCGCGCUCCGAGUCCUGCUGCUGGUCGGCGUCCGGCCCGCGCUGUUAAUGCUGGGGUUCAUGGGAGUCACAGCCUUCCUGUCCAUGUGGAUCAGCAACACGGCCACCACCGCCAUGAUGGUCCCAAUCGUCCAGGCUGUCCUGGAGCAGCUGAACGGCAACAUAGACCCUGAACUCGCCACCAAGAGACAGAGACGCAGUUUUGACCUGCACCAGGAACAUCAGCAGAAAACCAGUAGCAUCCUGCAAACUGCUGCUCCGAACAUCCUGGAGAACAGUCUGAACUUAACACAAGAGAACCCAGAGAAGACCAGAAACCUACAAGACAACAUGUCGUCUGAGCAGAAAGUGUUGCCAGAGGUCGAGACGGACAGACAGGAGACACCGCAGGACAAACCUCCAUCAGCCUGCAGCUCCAGUUGUCCUGAGGUCGUGUCUGUGGAGAAUGUCUGCUGUCAGAUGGAGCCAGAGGAGCUGAGCGACGAGGACGAGGACGAGGAGCGGAGGAGGAUGAGUAAAGGACUCCUGCUGUGUGUGUGCUACUCUGCCAGCAUCGGAGGCAUCGCCACUCUGACCGGCACCGGACCCAACCUGGUUCUGAUGGGACAGAUGAGCCAGCUCUUCCCUCAGAAUGGAGACGUGAUCAACUUUGCGUCCUGGUUUGCGUUCGCCUUCCCCACCAUGGUGCUGACGCUGACGCUCGCAUGGUUCUGGCUGCAGUUCCUUUAUAUCGGCUGCAACCUGCGGAGGACGUGGGGUUGCGGGGUGGAACAGUCGGAGAAGGAGCGUGCGGCGUACGAAGUGAUCAGAGACGAGUAUCGGCGUUUGGGCCUGGUGAGUUACGGAGAGCUCAGCGUGCUGGCGCUCCUCGUCCUCAUGGUGGUGCUGUGGUUCACACGAGACCCGCGCUUCAUAGACGGUUGGGCCACCCACGUCUUCAAUGCCAAGGCCGAGUUCGUCACGGAUGCGACGGUCGCUCUGUUUGUUGCUGUUUUGUUGUUUGUUCUUCCGUCUGAGCCGCCGCGGUUCCUCUGCUUCUGGAGGAGUUCCAACACAGAGUCCCAGGUGUCCCGAGGCCCCGCCCCUGCUCUGCUCACCUGGAAGGUGACUCAGAAGAAGAUGCCCUGGAACAUCGUGCUGCUGCUCGGAGGAGGCUUCGCUCUGGCCAAAGGCAGCGAGGAGUCCGGUCUGUCCCUCUGGCUCGGUGCUCAGAUGACGCCGCUCCACUCGAUCCCUCCCUGGGCCAUCGCCGUCGUCCUCUGCCUCCUCGUCGCCACCUUCACCGAGUGUACCAGCAACGUCGCCACGGCAACGCUGUUCCUGCCCAUCCUGGCCUCCAUGUCCCAGUCCAUGAGCUUGAACCCGCUGUACGUGAUGAUCCCCUGCACACUCAGCGCCUCCUUCGCCUUCAUGCUGCCGGUGGCCACGCCUCCAAACGCCAUCGUCUUCUCCUCCGGUUUCCUAAAAGUGUCCGACAUGGCUAAAGCUGGCGUGGUGAUGAACGUCAUCGGGAUCAGCUGCAUCAGUCUGGCCAUCAACACGUGGGGUCACGUCAUUUUCGGCCUGAACACUUUCCCGUCAUGGGCCAACGCCACCGGCCCGGUGUAG